AUGGGUCGAUCAAGCUCAAAAGAUGAAUAUGUUGCGGAGACAAGCCCCAAGCAAGGCCACGUAAUUUUCUUUCUCUGCGACAGUCGACGAGCUGUUCAGUUCUUGGACACAUUUGCCAUCAUCUUUUAUUUGAUAUGUAUUGCCUUUUAUGGCUGGCAGACGGCCUCCGAUUUCGGAGGUGAUUUCAAUGGGGUUGAUUCGAUUACAGAUGCUCACUGGAUUGUGAUUGCAUUUUUGCUCGUUGGUCUCCUCUGUGCGAUACUUGGACUUGCAGGAGCAAGACGUUACAACCAAUGUUUUUCAUUUACCGCUGCAUUGUGGUAUGGCUUGAGUUUCGUGCUGAAUUUCUUUACAAUGAACAUCCCCAAUGCAAUUCUGAUGUUCGUCUUGGCGUAUCCGCACAUUGUAUUUUACUAUGAAGUCAAGGAAGGCACCAUGAGUGCUGAAAACUACCAAAACGAAGUCUAUUCCAUCUGCUGUGGUGUGUAA